CAGGAGCGAGCGCGCGCAGCCUCGGCCCCGCAUCCUUGUCCCGCGCGUCCCGCCGCGCCGUGGCAUGGCCUGUCUGAUGGCCGCCUUCUCGGUCGGCACCGCCAUGAAUGCCAGCAGUUACUCGGCCGCGAUGACAGAGCCCAAGUCCGUGUGCGUCUCGGUCGACGAGGUCGUCUCCAGCGGCGUGGAUGACGCAGAGACAGACCUGCUCAACGGGCAUCUGAAGAAAGUGGACAACAAUCUUACCGAGGCCCAGCGCUUUUCCUCCUUGCCCCGGAGGGCAGCCGUGAACAUCGAGUUCAAGGACCUUUCCUACUCUGUUCCAGAAGGACCCUGGUGGAGGAAGAAAGGAUACAAGACCCUCCUGAAAGGGAUCUCGGGGAAGUUCAGCAGUGGGGAGCUGGUGGCCAUCAUGGGCCCCUCGGGGGCCGGGAAGUCCACACUCAUGAACAUCCUGGCCGGAUACAGGGAGAGCGGCAUGAAAGGUUCCGUCCUCAUCAACGGGCUGCCCCGGGACCUGCGCUGCUUCCGGAAGGUGUCCUGCUACAUCAUGCAGGACGACAUGCUGCUGCCGCACCUCACCGUGCAGGAGGCCAUGAUGGUGUCUGCGCACCUGAAGCUGCAGGAGAAGGAUGAGGGCAGAAAGGAGAUGGUAAAGGAGAUCCUGACGGCACUGGGCCUGCUGUCCUGCGCCCACACGCGGACCGGGAGCCUGUCCGGCGGCCAGCGGAAGCGCCUGGCUAUCGCACUGGAGCUGGUCAACAACCCCCCGGUCAUGUUCUUCGACGAACCCACCAGCGGCCUGGACAGCGCGUCCUGCUUCCAAGUGGUGUCACUGAUGAAAGGGCUGGCGCAGGGCGGCCGCUCCAUCGUCUGCACCAUCCACCAGCCCAGCGCCAAGCUCUUCGAGCUCUUUGACCAGCUGUACGUGCUGAGUCAAGGGCAGUGCGUGUACCGGGGGAAGGUCUCCAACCUCGUGCCCUACCUGCGGGACUUGGGCCUGAACUGCCCCACCUACCACAACCCCGCGGACUUCGUCAUGGAGGUGGCAUCCGGCGAGUACGGCGACCAGAACGGCCGCCUGGUGCGAGCCGUGCGGGAGGGCAUGUGCGACGCGGACUACAAGAGAGACCUUGCGGGCGAGGCCGAGGUGAACCCCUUCCUUUGGCACCGGCCCUCUGAAGAGGUAAAGCAGCCAAAACCAUUAAAGGGGUUCAGAAAGGACUCGGCCUCCAUGGAAGGCUGCCACAGCUUCUCUGCCAGCUGCCUCACGCAGUUCUGCAUCCUCUUCAAGAGGACCUUCCUGAGCAUCAUGCGGGACUCGGUCCUCACGCACCUGCGCAUCACCUCGCACAUCGGCAUCGGCCUCCUCAUCGGCCUGCUCUACCUGGGCAUCGGCAACGAGGCCAAGAAGGUCCUGAGCAACUCCGGCUUCCUGUUCUUCUCCAUGCUGUUCCUGAUGUUCGCCGCCCUCAUGCCCACCGUGCUGACCUUUCCCCUGGAGAUGGGCGUCUUCCUGCGAGAGCACCUGAACUACUGGUACAGCCUGAAGGCCUACUACCUGGCCAAGACCAUGGCCGACGUCCCCUUCCAGAUCCUGUUCCCCGUGGCCUACUGCAGCAUCGUGUACUGGAUGACGUCCCAGCCGUCCGACGCCGUGCGCUUCGUGCUCUUCGCGGCGCUGGGCACCCUGACCUCGCUUGUGGCGCAGUCGCUGGGCCUGCUGAUCGGCGCCGCCUCCACAUCCCUGCAGGUGGCGACAUUCGUGGGUCCCGUGACAGCCAUCCCGGUCCUCCUGUUCUCCGGGUUCUUCGUCAGCUUCGACACCAUCCCCACGUACCUGCAGUGGAUGUCCUACAUCUCCUAUGUCAGGUAUGGCUUCGAGGGUGUCAUCCUAUCCAUCUAUGGCUUGGACCGAGAAGACCUGCACUGUGACAUUGAUGAGACGUGCCACUUUCAGAAGUCAGAGGCCAUCCUGCGGGAGCUGGACGUGGAGAACGCCAAGCUCUACCUGGACUUUAUCGUGCUGGGGAUUUUCUUCAUUUCCCUGCGCCUCAUUGCCUAUUUUGUCCUGAGGUACAAAAUCCGGGCAGAGAGGUAAAACGGCCGUGCCGGGAAGGAGGAACAUUAUAUGUGGCGGCCGAGGGCCCCACCAAGUGGCGGCUGCGCGCCUGUGUCUGGUGACACGGGGACUCCCCUGACCCCACCGUGGGAGCCUCGCCGGUCAGUGUGGUCCUGUGUUCAGCUUCUCCACCCGCCUGGGCUGGAUGUUCUCUCACUACCUUUUCUAGCUUUAACUAGGACGAUGUAGAAAGGUCUGUUUUGUUUUUACAUGCAGAAUUUAAAACACCACAAAUGGGGGCAGCGUUUAAAACUGCGACACAGCUGGUGACAAGAGGCUUCCUUGGUAAAUUCUGUCCUACUGCGGAGGUGACAGGAGUCCUGGACAGGGAACCAGGACUCCUUCUCUGUGGGUCAUGUGAAGAGUCCGUCCCGCGGGGGAGCAGACAGCCUGAGUGAGGAAUGGCCCGUUUUAUGGCUUCCUUCUCCUGGUUUUCUUUCUAAAGUUUGUCUCUUUUCUGACUAAGUCACUUUCAGAACCAAAAGUCGGUAAAGGUCACUCAUUUUAAGAAAGCGUACCUUUCUUGUGGAGGGUGUGUUCAGGGUAAACAACAUACUGUGUGCAGAGAUAGAGGAAUUCGACCUAAUCUUGGAGCUGUCUUGUUUCCAGCUGAAGCUGUGAAAAGUCCUGGGGAGUGGGGGGUCGACACCGACACCAGCGGUGCCUGCACCAAUGCAGGAGUCCCUGAGAGCCCCCCCCACAGUGCUCCGAUGAAAUUGGCCAACUCUUUCAUGCCAUUUUCUUUUCCACCUGCUUCUAUUUUAUGCAAAAUAGUUUCCUCCGAAAUUUCUGACCACCUUCAUUUUGCCUAGAAAAAAUUGUGCAUAUCCGCCCAGUUGAAUUUUAAAGAAUAUGUUCUUUGCUCAUCGAUCGCAUCAACUACCUCCACUGCACUGGGAAGCUGAGACUGAGGAAUUGUCAGGCGGGACCCGGGAGCCUUGGGCCAGCCAGAGCCGCGGGAGGGACCUGGGCCGCGAGACGAGGCAGGUGGUUCAGAUCGGGUCACCGUUAGGAAAACAGAGUUGCCUCGUCCUUCCAGGACGGCAUGACCCUGGUGUCAGGGUGUUCCUUGAAAGACUCUUCUUGUGGCAGAUCAGCCGUCUCCCCUGAGCCGCAGUUUUCCCUUCUGUAAAUACCGCCCUGGCUCACGUUCAUGGCUAUUUUCAGCUCUGCAAGGCUCUGAGGUUCCUGAGGCCUUCAUUUCCUACUCACACAGGAUGGGAAGGGUCCACAGUUGACUGUGUGUGUGGAUUUGGCUUUAAAAUCACUUAGAGAGUUCUUCUUAUUUAUUUUUUCACUCCUGGAUCUUUUUUUUUUUUUUUUUUUUAAGCAGAAACAGUUGAAAUCUAUAUUAAGAUGUAUUGUUAAGCUUGCUUGUUCUAUACAAAUAGAAGAUUGCCUUAGAUUCUGUUUUUAACCAGGGUCCAACUUAGCCUUUAUAAAUAAAGUCUUGAUUUAACUUCAAGUGUAAUCGCCAUGCGCAAGGAAGGCCUGCUUCGCGAUUGCUGGAGGCGCGUGCAGUUGGCAGGAGCGAAGAGAUGGCCUGGGUUGAGGUCUGUACUGGAAGGCCGUCCCCGGCCUUCGCUCUUCCUGUGGCUUGGUGUCGUGGGGCUGUGGUCUGUGGCCCCCUCCCCAGGCGCUGUGCCCUGGGGAGCCACAUUGCUAUUCUGAAGACAGCUUCCCCUCGCUGCCAUCCGCAGAAAUACAUCCGGGCUCCAAAGCACCUCGGCCCUUGAGGAACCCUUUCCCUCGGAAGCCACACUCCUUGUACCCCCCUUUCCACGGGGAGCAGGUUAUUCUUACCCUGUACAAGUGAGGGCCUGGCCAGGACCCCUCAAAAGGCCCAUCAUGGGGUACGAGGGGCGGCAAGGGUGAGUUUUUAAAGGACACUGACUUGAGCAGGUGAUGGUGCGGAGGUGGCCCCUCAGGCUGGCCUGCUGCCCCUCUCCUGGGUCCUCAGGAGGCCUGCCGUGGGCAGCCCCGGUCCCUUUUCCAUGUGCACAAGGCCCCGAGGUGCGGCUCCCCUCCACUGCCACCCGGGUCCCAGUGCUCUCCUGUGCAUUUCUGGGUGCUCCUUGCCUUUUGUUCUGGUUUCGUAGUACCCUUUCUCCUUGGACCUGAGGCAGCGUCCACACAGUCACCCACACUGAUUUCUGAGUCAUCGUGGGACGAGGGGCUAGCGAGCUCGGUUCCCUCCUCUAGGGUGGAAAUUCAGACCUCCCGGAGUUAGCAGAGGAGACUGCAGCCCAAGGAGUGCAUUUCAAGGAAACUUGCUGAGGGAGAGGAGAAACGGAGUUCGUGGGCACUGCCCGGAAAGCAGCCUCCUCUCCCAGGCUUGCCCCCGCAUGGCCAGGGAUGCUGAGACGAGGAGAGGUGCGGCAGUGUGCCCAGGGCCCGGAGCUGGGGCGGGGAGGGGGUUGAGGAGCUCCUGGUGCAGUCACCAACAGGUGGCCGUGUGGGGAAGGCCGUCCCCUGGGGCUCACCUUGCCUCUCACCGUGGAGGGCCCAUCCUGCCUCGGCCUGGUCCCAGCUUGCUAGCAUGGCCACCUGGCCCGCAGCUGUGCACACGUGUGCCUCUGCAUAUUCACACACGUGACGGGUGUGUGCAGACACGCAUGUGCAUGUGUGUGGACUGCUCUGAGGUGUCGGUGGGGCCUCCUUCAUCUCGGUGGCGUAGCAGCCCCUCAACCCUCACCGCCCUGACCUCCGAGAAGGACAGCGAACUGCCCCUCCUUUAGUUCCUGUGGUGCCGACGGUACCCGUGGGAGCAAAGCCCACCGGGCCUCUCGUCAGACGCCCGCCAGCUGCAUGGGAACAGGACGGCAAGGAAAGCGAAGCCCAGGGGCGGGAGAGGCAGAAUGUAUGAACGGAAGCUUAGAUACUUUUCAGAAGUAAAGACGCUAAUAAAAUAUUUUGUAUCAAA